AUGGAAAUAGACACAUUCCCUGACGAUGUAGACAUUGCGAGACUUUUCACUCCAAAGACGGACUCGAAAGACGAGGAAGGUCUCCCUGGAGUCUGUUCCGUCGACGAAUUACCACCUCUUUUGUUCAGGUGGUCGAAUUUUGAUUCCCAGGGAUUAAAUUCACGAAAAGGCUUCCUGGCAGGGCUCUUCCAAAAGGACGAAAAGACCGGCAUUGAUGUAGAUAAACUCACCCGCAAGCAAUACCUUCAAUUCUUCAAGAGCCAUGUGACCAAAGCAAUGAUCUCGUCACCCUUCAUAUCAGCAUCCCGACUUCCGCUCACACCUAUCCACAGGGCCCUUUGGAACAAACAGGGAGCCACUGUUGCCAUCAUCGAUACAUCGGAAAUCAACACCCUGGUUGUUAAAGCUUCAAAUUUGGUGCUGCUAACCGAAACCGAAACACCUCACUGGAAAGGCUAUGGGGAAUACCUCAUUUGGGGAAAAAUUCCUCAAGCCGCGAUCUCAUGCAUGUUUAAGAUCACUCAUCUGGAAACGAUAGCAAGUGAAUUUUCAGACAUCAAUGAAUUCCUCCAGCUCGAUCUUAUCAAGAGCCACUCGUUUUGCGGAGCGAGCUUGUACCGAGAGCUUGCUCAAAAGUUGAAAACCGGCGCUAACCAUUGUGUGACCCUGGAGAGAAUGGCAACCCUGCUCAACGUACCGCCAAAACACGUGGGCCUGGUCGCAGAAAGAUUUGAGGAAGCAUGGGUGAGCAACAGGUUCGGCUACCUUGACCAGGUCGCCGAAGACAGGGCUCAAGAUAUAGAUAUCAGCAACAUGGAGAUUGGACCCCGAGAACCAUUCAAUUACAAAAGGGUAUCCGCAUCUGAUGCAUCAACAUAUGCGCCUUCUCGAAGUGAUCUUGACCACAGCUCUGAAAGUGAAGACCCCUAUCAGGAAACUGGUUCGGCUUCACCAGAAGCCCCUGCUCGUCGAUAUGAUACACCCAGUCCACCAUUCUCGACCCAAGAUUCCAUUGACGAUGAUGAACCGUGGCGUUGGGGUCAGAUAUUCGAAGAAGAAGAGAUGAUGCAGGACGAACGAGGACCUCUCAAUGUUCAACUCUUUACGCCAUCGACAAAUAGGGCCCAGCAAACUGCGGAGAUCAUGCUCAUUUCCCCGAUUCCGAUCGACUUCGAGAGAGACAUCAGCUGGCCGCCUUCAGAGAACUAUGCUUGA